CCCUGGCUCUGGCAGGAGAGUGGUGGCUAGUUUUAAAGCUCUGGCUGUUUCUUAGGUGGUUGCUCUGCUCAGACAGUGUCCGAAGGAUCAUUUCCAUUUAUGGUUUGCAGCUUUUGACCUGAAAGAGCAGGUGGGGGUGGAGCAUGUAGAAGACACAGAGUUAAGGGGAGUGAACUCAGCACACAGGGCAAAGAUGAGGCGGGGACAGACAAAGGGACACUUUGCUGGGCAAAGACACAUCACCCGAGUCUCUGCGCUGGGUAUGUUUCCACCACUUGCUGCCCAGGGCACCAUGGACCAAGGCAACAUGACUCUCCCACCAACCACUGGGGCAAAUUCCAGCCAGACCCCAGCAGCUGAGAGCGCCUCUCACCUGGCUGCGGCCGUGUUGCUCUUCACCACCUUCCUGGUGGGUGUGGUGGGGAACGGGCUGUACCUGUGGGUGCUGGGGCUGAAGAUGAGGAGGACGGUGACCACACUCUGGUUCCUCCACCUGGUCGCCUGCUACCUUCUCUUCACCCUGCUGAUCCCCUUCUUCAUCGUCUCCCUCCUUAUGGGUUUCCACUGGGUCUUCGGCACGGUCAUGUGCAAGAUCCUCAACACCUGCAUCUCCAUGGACAUGUUCUCCUCAGUCUUCCUUCUCACCCUGAUCAGCCUCGACCACUACACCGUCACUCCCCAUCCCAUCUGGUGCUGGCAUCACUGCACCAUGUCCCAGGCUGGGAAGCUAGUUGUGGGUGUGUGGCUGGCAUCCUUUGGUCUCAGUGCUCCCUACCUGGCUUUCCGGGAGACCCGGGUGGUGCAUGGGGGAAGAACCACCUGCAUCAAUAAUUACACCCUCUCCGGAGACUGGAACGGAGCCGAGAUGCAAGAGCUGGGGAGAUGGAUCCACCUGGCUGUUUUUACAGUCUGGUUCCUGCUGGGCUUCCUAUUGCCCUUCUGCACCAUUGUGGGAUGCUAUGUCCGUGUAGGGCUGAAGAUGAAGGAGAAGAAGCUGGCAUGGUCUGGGAAGCCCUUCAAAGUCAUGGUGACCACGGUGGUUUCCUUCUUUCUUGGCUGGCUGCCCUACCACCUCCACCAUGGCUUGAAGGUCUACAAGCUCUCACCUGGAAAGGAGGUGCCAGCAUUGGUGACGGGUGCCGUCUUGGUCAUUUACACCUUUACCUCCUGCUUCAAUGCCUGCUUCACCCCCAUCCUCUAUCUCUUCAUGGGGGAGAAGUUCUUCUUCAGGAAGUCUCUUCUCACUCUCGUCAAAGCAGCUUUUGUCGACGAUCUCGCCAGCAGUGCUGCCGAGUCUAGCGAAAGACAGGGGUCAGAAGUCGAGAACACAAAACAGGUGAUGGCCUGAAGAUGCCCAGAGUUAGGGGGAGUUGUAAACUUGGCAUCCCAGUUGUUUCUAGAUUCCUGAUGGUUCUAAAUUCUAAUGGGUUCCAGGCAUCCCACUGUUCAUAAACUGCAGUGUUCCUGGAUUGUAGAUUCCCUGCUCUCUCCAGAAUUCAAUGUGUUCUAGAUAACUCAAUUUUUUCAAACUCAAUGGGUCAUCAAUGGCACCAGAUUCGUAGGCAGCUCCAGAAUCUUGUUUGUUUUAGAACUCUCAAUGUGUUCUAACCUAAUUGACUCUCUUGAAUUCUUCAUCACUAGCUGUCUCUGGAAUCUCAUAUCUUGUAAGCCCCUCAGUGUGUUCAAAGUGGAAGACUAUGGGUUCUAUAUUCCAGACUGGAUCUACGACAUCACUGGAUUCUAGAGUGUUUUCAAACCACAUAGAAUCCAACAGGUUCCAGAUUGUUUCCUAAAAGUUUCACUGGGGUUCUAAAUUUCCAGAUGGUUUAAAAUCCAUUUGGAGUAGUAUAUUAUAGAAGAGUCUCUAUAUUACAAUAGCGAUAUCUAGCUCUUCUCUAGUAUUUCUAAUCAGUAGAUCUCAAAAGAAGUUUAGCAAGGAGAUCAUUAGCAGUCUUCCAGUUUUUACUAAUGGGGAAACUGAGAUACAAAAUGGGGAAAUGACUUGCCCAAGGUCACUCAGUAGAACCUUCGGUCCAUCCAGUGGCACAGCCAUGAACAAACCCAUGUCAGCUGUGUCCCAGCCCAGGCCUCUAUCCAUUGAAUCUCCUUGGAGUGUGGGCUUUCUGGGACAGGGUCUUUUUGCUCUGUUUGUACAGUGCCUAGCAUAGCGGGGUCCUGGCUCAGGAUUUGGGCUCCCAGCACUACCAAAAUAGAAAAUAAUAAUAAAUAAUCAUUCCCGUGUGUUCCUUGAACUACAUAAAUUCUGUACAUUUUGUGGGGCAGCUUUGACAUAAUUUACAAACACCGCAUCACCCGCUCACGGGAAUAUUUAGUGUGGGGAGGCUCUGGCUUAAUUUAAGAGCAGCCAGUAAGGAAAACAAGCUUGCAGACUGAAGAGUGGCUCUAGAGAAACCACCUGUCCUUGAACAUUCAGGGUGGUUUAGAGGUAACGUCCACGCUAGUAACUGUGACGCUGUAUGGAAUGUGGGUGACAAUUCCUGAUAUUAUGGACACCAAUAUUAAGAAAUUGCAUGAAUCAUAUAAGUUAUGCCAUGUAAGGUAUGCGUGGAUAAGAUAUGAUUUACAAAAUAUGGGAAGCUUUUUUAUAUGUGUGUGUCAUCUUUGUAUUGUGAGUUAUAGACAUGUGUGGUAUAUUGAUAUCUCCUAUUUGUACUGUGUAUCUGUGUGACACCCUGUAAUAAAUAUAAAGGGAAGAGUAAACAGCUUUAAAUCCCUCCUGGCCAGAGGAAAAACCCUUUCACCUGUAAAGGGUUAAGAAGCUAGGAUAACCUCGCUGGCACCUGACCAAAAUGACCAAU